AUGUGUGAUAUAAAUGAUAGAAGAAAAUCACGACGGAAACAAUGUACUCCAUCUCGUCAUUCAAAUAUUGGUACAACUGUUGUAACUUUUACACCGGAUGAUGAUAAUAAUACAAUUAUUGAGAGUACAACGAUCAGUAAUGGUACGACAGUAUUAAAGCAAGAUCGGAAAAAUGCUCAAGAAGAGACUAAUAAUGAAGGUUUGCUUGAAUGUGGGCAAUACUUGCAGCAACAACAGCCUGUUGAUCCAAUUCAACGACUGUCACCCUCUACAGCAUCUUCAACAUCAUCCUUAUCAACUUCUGCUGAUAGCGCUAAUCAAUCAUUUGAUGCUUACCGGAAAGAAAUGCACACUGAUCAAUGCAUCAAUCCGAUCCAUACCUUAUAUCUUCCUGUUGCUUUCCAUAAUCAUUCCGUUAAUAAUAUUCAGGUAUUGGGUUAUCCGCAGGUGUUAAUUCCGGUAGCUAUACAUCCUCAUGCCCAAAAUAUUCUUAAACCAUGUCUAUUUAUCGAUGAAUUUAUGGCUCGUAAUAUCACGAUUCCAAAUCAAAUUUGUUUCGGUGAAACAAGAUGUCUCCUAAAUGUCACUGCCAUGCAACAGCCCUUUUCACAAAAUGCUUAUAAUAUCCCAUCGGCAUCCAGCACUGUUUUUCAUAACAAUAAUAAUAAGAAAAGAAAAGGGUUAUCAUCGAAUGGUAUAAGAAAAAAGCGAAAAUCAUCCAAUGAUUUGAAACCAUUAGAUUUGACAGUACGCAUUAAACAAUUUCGACAAAAUGCUAACAGUAGUAGCAGUAAUUGUGAUAGCACUGAAGAAGAUAAUUCUACAAUUGAUAAAUUGUUACCUUCUGAAUCAGAUAAGAAAUAUCGAUGUGAUUGUGGUGUGUCAUUUAGUAGUGAAGUGACAUUGAAUGGACAUAAAAAGUAUUAUUGUCAUAAUAAUGCUAAACAAGCAGCACCAUUUCGAGAACCACAAAGAAAAAUAACAUAUCACUGUCAACAAUGUGAUUUCUUACCAAUAAGCGCUAGUCAAUUAGCUCAACAUGUUCGAAUAAAUCAUGCUACAGUUCAAGCAUAUGUUUGUCAGAUUUGCGGUUACAGAGGUUAUUCUCAACGGGGUAUUCGAUCACAUCUCAGGACUCAUACAGAAUAUGCGGAUGAAAAACCGGAUGAUUUAAUCAAUUCACAUGUUCAUUUUAUAACUACAGAAACAAAACCAGCACAAUGUAGUAAUUGUUACAAGAAUAAAUAA